CCCAUUGGCUCGAUGGUGUCCUGGACACCGCCUAUUGGGGCAGGACGAGGAUUUUCAUUGGUCUGGCAGCACGUCAUUCGAAAUGAUAUCCGCCGGCGGGAAGGCUGGAUGGGCUGAUCUGAGGACUAUGAGGCUCUUUUACAUCCCAGAGUCUGACGGAGGGGGGAGGUUGUAAAUCGACUUGUAUUUGACUAAUUAACAUAUGCAAAUUAGACAGCCGAUGUAUGCUGAACCGGCCAGAACGGCGCAACAGUGACCUCUAUAGUUGGGGAAGAAGGGAGGGCGGAAGUGCUGCAAAUGUCUAGCUUUGGAGGCGGAAGUGCUAUCAUACUUUACGGCAGGCGGGGUGUGUGUCGCUUUCCCCGGUUAGGGAGAUAACACGUGUAGUAGAAAGUGGAGUUUGAUAGGAAAGUUGGUGUCAGCUUUUCCUAAAUGGCGGGUGAAGAGGAGCCGUUGAAGAUCGAGCCGGCCCUGAGUGAUCUUGAAGAGGAGGAGGAUGAUAAGCUGGCUGCAAAGAAGCACAGGCAGCUUGUGGAUGCACUCAGCACCUUGGCUGGAGGGAAGCGCCAGCGAGCAGCCGAGCGUACAGAAGCAAGUAGAUAUGUCUCGGAAUUCGAUGUGGGUGGUGAAGGUGCUGGUGAGAAAGUGGUGCUCUCAGAACUGCUGCAGCCUGUGUCCACUUCAUCAGCUCUUGGCUCUGUUCGGAAGCAGUUGAGCAAAGUUCGGCAGACCAAGGCAGUCCAACUCCCACUGAGCAAGGAGGAGAAGGAACGGGUGGUGAGAGAAGCUGCAUAUACUCAGACAUCCCAAGCCCUGGCUAAGUGGGAUCCAGUGGUGCGGCAAAAUCGGAAUGCUGAGCAGUUAGUCUUUCCGCUGCAGCAGGAUUGUGUGACUGUAGCACCUAUUGAAGAAGUGAUAAGCAAUUGGAAGCCCCGGACACCACUGGAGGAAGAGAUCUUCAGUCUUCUCCACAAAACACGGCAGCCAGUGAAAGACCCUCUUUUGACUCCCCACGAAAAGGCUUCGCUGCAGGCCAUGAGCCUGGAAGAGGCUCAGCAGCGCCGGAUGGAACUCCAGAAGGCCCGGGCUUUGCAGUCCUACUAUGAAGCUAAGGCACGCCGUGAGCGGAAAAUCAAGAGCAAGAAGUACCACAAAGUGCUUAGGAAAGGCAAGAGUCGUAAGGCGUUGCAAGAGUUUGAGACGCUGAGAAAAUCCAACCCUGAGGCAGCCCUGGAACAGCUGGAGAAGAUAGAGAAAGCCCGUAUUGAGGAGAGAAUGAGCCUGAAACAUCAGAACAAGGGCCGAUGGGCCAAAUCUACAGUCAUCAUGGCAAAGUAUGAUUUAGAGGCUAGGCGAGCCAUGCAAGAACAGCUUGCCCGGAACAAAGAACUGACACAGAAAGCAUGCCCAGCAUCAGGCAGUGAGGAAGAUGAUACUGAAGCAGAGAGGGGCCUUGUCCCUGAAGUUAUCAAUGACAGCCAUGUUGGAAUGGAUCCAGGCAACCCCUGGAUGCUGGGAAAGGCCUCUGCAGAGUCUAAGGAAGAGCCUCGAGCUCCAGAGGAUGUCUUAGGGGAUGGGGCAGAAGAGGAGGAAGAGGAACUGGCUGUGUCUGGUGAAGAAGCUUUGUUGCAAGACUUUGCUGAAAAGCGACAAAGCCGGCAUCAUGUACAAGUCGAUGGUCUCGGCGGAGAAGAGGCUACCCCCGUUCUGCCUGAUGUGUUCCCGCCAGCACCCCCAAGCCCUAGACCAGAGGGACCGCUGCUGAGUGAGAAGCUGGAGCGACUUCGUACUUUGGAGGAUAUGGAGGCCCUGGAGCCAGAGGAAGUUGCACAGAGCCACGAGCCUCUGCGAUCCGAGGAUGCUGAACCGCUGCCAUCAGCCAAGGCAGAGCUGUUGUCUCAGCCCAAGGGUGGUAGGGCCCCAGCUGCCAAGAGCAAAAUGACAGGCAAGCGCCAGGCCCUCAUUGAUCUGAAGGCGGUCCUGGCCGAGGCACCCACUCCCAUGCAGUGUCCGCUUGUGCCCAAUGCAGUACAGGAAGAGCUGGAAUCGGCCGCAGACCAGCGGCAGGUAAUCCGCGAGGCCUUUGCCAGUGACAACGUUGUGGCUGACUUCAUGAAAGAGAAGCGUCGUGCGGAACAGGAGGGCAAGCCAAAAGUGGUCGACCUGGUGCUCCCAGGCUGGGGUGAAUGGGGUGGCACUGGCCUAAAGCCCAGCACCAAGAAGCGGAAACGGUUUCUUAUCAAACCAGCUCCUGGACCCCCCAGAAAAGACCAGCACCUGCCCCAUGUGAUCCUUAGUGAAAAGCGAAAUAUUUCAGCUGCCGCUCAUCAGGUGAACCAGCUGCCAUUCCCUUUCGAAAACAGCCAGCAGUUUGAACGCAGCAUCCAAGCACCCAUAGGCUCCACCUGGAACACCCAACGUGCUUUUCAGCGUCUGACAGCCCCCCGCAUUGUCACUUUGCCUGGCCACAUCAUCCGCCCCAUCAGUGCAGAGGAUGCCAACCUGACGCGUCAAACAGAUACGGCGAAACCUGCUUUGGGUUUGAUAUCUCCUCUCAAACACCGCAACCGUCACAGUGUCCCCAAAAAGAAAGCCCGGAAGCACUGAAGCCACUCUUUCCCUUCUCUUAAUCUUGGUUCCUUCUUUCUGAGGAUCUUGCUUGGCAGGAAUGAACAUGAUUGGUACCUGGGGCAGCUCUCAAAGAAUCUGUGUGUUCCACUCCACCGGUCUCCUUCGAGUGGGAUGAUUUUAGCCCCUGCCCUUUUUUUCUGUCUCGGAGAACUACCUCUGCUUCUGUUCUGGGCCAAUUCUUCUUUGGAUAAUAAGGCUGACAAGGAAAUACAGAAUCUUUGAUAGAAUCAAUCCUGGGUUAGGUGGGAAUCUUUCUCUUCCUUUGGAGUGGCUGUGUAGGGGCCCUCAUUGACCACUGUAAGUAAACAAUAAGAAGCAUAACUGGGUAUUCAUAUGACCAUGAUCGACUCCAUCUUAAAGGUAGAAACCAAGACCCUCCCUGUAGUUCAUUGGUCUGGAACGGCCUAGGAAAGUCCCAAAGCCAAAAAUUACUAAAGCGAUGCCAUCACAUUAUGAAUUUCCAUGUUCUCCCACAGCCUUUGGGAACUUCUGACCAUGGGGGAGCCAUUUUUAGUGUAUUACCACCAAGAUGAGAGACCUAUUCUGCCUCUAAUUCUUUCUAAGACAAACAGAGAAACUAAACAGCGUGAUAAAAAGGAUGGGAAAGAAGUUCAUAUUUGAAAUCUACACAGUCCCAGUCAUAUCACAUGCCUUUUAUAAGUUAUUUUUCUGUUCUGCCCAAACUUUUCUAGCACAGCCUUUCAAGUCCCACCGAAAAGGGUCCCUGAUCACCAUGCAACAAAGCCCCUGAAGGACAUUGCCAUGUUCUAAAUUUCCCAUUGCUUCAAGGGGGAAAAAUUACCAUCAAAACUAUGAGGGUACAUUGCUGUUGCUAUGAAUUGUCAAUGCUAGGACUACAGUCAAGGACUUAAAAAAAAAAGAGGUCUUGCCAUUCUGCGUUUCUAUCUUUUUGUUAAACUCCUUUCUUAACCAUAAAGGUAGACAAAAGUCAGAAAUCAUUAAAAACAAAAUUUCCAACA